GUGAUGGCUUCCUGCCGAACGCGCCCAGUCGAGUGACCCAACGUCCAACAUCAAAGCCUUCCAAAGAGUCCUUCACUUUUCCAUUGGAUGGCCGCUGCGCCAAUGCGCCGACAGCUCAGUUCGAGCAACCUCGACGACAUGUACAUCGUGCGCGGCCUCGAGGUCGCCAACUGCCGCAUCACGGGCACGAGUAUGGUCAAGCGCAAGGGCUUCCUCGCCAAGCAUUCGAUCGUCUACCACGUCAAGGUCAUCAACGGAAGCCACGUCUACGUCGUCGACUGCGUCUACGAGGACUUUGCGCGCUUCUACAAGGAGCUGCGGACAGCGCCCAAGGCAGCGGUAGCGUUUCUGCAGGCGAUUGCGGGGUUUCCGUGUCCCAAGAAAUCGCUCUUUGGCCACCGCGACGCGCUCGUCAUCAAGGGCAUGUGCGGGCAGUUGGAAAACCACUUGACCAACGUGCUUCGACUCUGCCGUAUCCACGGCGCCGCGCUGCCCGAGCUCAAGGAGCACAUCAACGCGUGCAUCCUCGAGUUUGUGACGCACCGCGACCCGAUCCACGCGCCUUUGGGCCGCUGCCACCCGGUGUUGAGCCCGCACACGGAGGCAGACUCGGUGCGCCGGUGCCUCUCGUCCACCGUGAUGUAGACCGUGGCCCAUUAUUUAUUAACAAUUCAACAUGAAUCGGCAACCAUCCA